CAAACCAUUUAAAGAUCACCUUGAACGUCUGUUCAUUUUUAAAAUCCCGUGGAAAUGACGCUAUCCGAGGAGGUCGUCAACAGCCUCAGAGCGGCCGUGGACGAGGCCUGCGCCGACCCGAAAUCUGAUAUCCCGGGCGCCAGCAUCGUGGUCGUGGGCAGAGAUGGGAAAGAGCUGUUCGCACACGCUGCUGGCCAGAGGGGCGUCGGGGCGGCUGAUCCCAUGACGCUGGAGAACGUGUUUUGGAUCGCGUCGUGUACGAAGAUGAUUGCGGGGCUGGCGUGCAUGCAGCUGGUCGAGCAGGGGAAACUGCACCUCGACGAUGGAGACGAGAUCGAGCAGCUGAUCCCGGAGUUCAGGGAACUGCGGGUUCUGCAGAAGGAUGGGAAGCUGGUGCCGAAGAAUAAGAAGAUUACGCUUCGCAUGCUGCUUAGCCACACCGCUGGCUUUGGUUACACAUUCUUCAAUGAACAGCUCCGGGACUUUUCUCAUCCCAUCGGAUUCGAUGAGUUUUCUGGCCACAUCAAAGACAUUCUGCAGCCAUUGGUAUUCCAGCCGGGUGAAGGCUGGGAGUACGGUCUCAACAUCGACUAUGCUGGUCUUGCUCUCGAGCGUGUGACAGGUAUGUCUUUGAACGACUACUGCCACAAGAACAUCUUUGAGCCUCUGGGCCUGAAGAAUAUCUCGAUGUUUCCGACUGCCGAAAUGAAGAAGCAGCUUGCACACAUGAACCAUCGCAACAAAGAUGGUACACUUGUCCCUCGCGACCACCUGCUGCGCAAGCCGUUGGUCGUAGAGGCUUCAGAUGUUAAAGACGUCCUGAACAGUGGCGGAGCAGGCUGUUUCGCAAAGCCUUCGGACUACGCGCAGAUCAUCGCCACGCUCUUGAACGAUGGCACCUCGCCCACAACCGGUGCAAAACUUCUGGAAAAGUCCACAGUAGACACGAUGUUCACUAAUCAGAUCGAAAAAUUCCCCGAUUUCGCUCGUCAAGGUAUAGCAGCUGCUAAGCCCGACCUCACCAACCCUGUUCCUGAGAUCUACCCGGUCGAAGGCAAUCCGCCUCAGGGCUGGGGACUGACGUUCAUGCUAUCGAACGGAGGCCCAACCGGAAGAUCAAAGAGCACUGGUUUCUGGGCUGGACUCCCAAACUGCUGGUGGUGGGCUGACCGAGAAAAGGGCGUUGGUGGCAUCGUGUGCACCCAGAUCCUACCUUUUGCAGAUGCGAAGGUGCUUGGUUUGUGGUUCAACGUCGAAGGGCAAGUUUAUCAAGCUCUCGGUGCUUGAUCUCAUAUGGGCAGACGUCCUGUGUAUUAUCGAAUC